AUGGCUUCCGAUGCAACAGGCUCGCGAGGCGAGCUCUAUGACUCCACUAUGACUGUACCCUCCGACUCGGAGAACUACUCGGCCAACCACGAACUGUCUUCGUCUACUUCGAGCUCUCCUAUGAUCCUCUAUAAGCCUCCAUCUAUCUGGGGUAUUCUUCGCGGCGCAGCGAUCAACCUCUUUCUCCCCUUUGUUAAUGGUCUGAUGCUUGGGUUUGGUGAGCUCUUUGCCCAUGAGGCGGCCUUCCGUCUUGGAUGGUCCAACACCAAGAUCUUUCCAGCAUACCGCAGAUCUCAUGCCAUGGGUCCUGGAGUCGAAGUUCGAGAGCUUCCCUCGGAGCGGAGGCGGACCUACGCCGGUUUGAAUGACACUGCUUCUCUCGAGUAA